AUGGUGAUAUCUUGGAUUCUGAAUGCUCUUUCUAAAGAUAUUGCAGACAGUGUGAUAUACUCUAAGACUGAAAAUGAGCUUUGGGACAGCUUGGAGCAGAGAUUUGGAAGGUCAAAUGGAGCCAAGCUCUAUCAUCUGCAAAAAGAGCUAUCAGGAUUAGUGCAGGGAAAUAAUGAUAUUGCGGGAUAUUUCACUAAACUCAAACGACUGUGGGAUGAAUUGGAUGCAUUAAAUGUUGUCAUAUGUUGCUCAUGUGUCUGUACUUGUGAAGGAAAAGUAAAAUUAACUAAGUCGCUUGAGGAUCAGAGGCUGAUUCAAUUCCUAAUGGGACUAAAUGACAUCUAUGCACAAGCAAGAGGAAACAUACUCAUGAUGAAUCCCUUGCCUAGCAUAGAUGUUGCCUAUUCUCUUAUCUUGCAAGAUGAAAAUCAAAGAGAAGUAUAUGCAAAUGCGAGUUUCAACUCUGAUUCUGUUUCAUUCAUGGCAGCUGGAGAAACCAAACAACCUAAUGCCCAACUUUUAGCUGACUUUGCAGCUUUCAUGGUCAUAGGGCAGGGGAGAAAUUUUCAGAAAAACAGAAACCAAGAACAAAGAGGAGCAAUAUUGGGACAAAAAUACAAUAAUUCAGGACAGAAGUUCACUAACAAGAGCAGAAGUUUAAGGGAAAGAAGAGGGCACGCACAAGAAGACUGCUACAGAAUCAUUGGAUUUCCAGAUGAUUUUGAGUUUACCAAUCAAAAGAACUAUCAAAAUCAGAUCAAGGGAAAUGCAGUCUUAGCACAUGAGGAUCAUGAGACUCAGGGAGGACAAAAUGCUGAAAACAACAACAAUUUUGGGCAACAACUCAACAAGGAAAAAGUUGCAGAAAUGAUAAACAUGUAUAAGCAGGCAAAGCUUGCACAAGCAGGAAAUUCAGGAAUCAAUGCCAAUUCAGUUGCUGGUACUAUUCUAAAAUACUCAGGUUCAGGCCUUUCAAUGAAGAGUCCACAAGCUUUUGGUGAAGUUAGAGAGGGACUCUACAUUUUGGAACCCAGUAGUCUUAAGUCUAAGGGUCUGUUCAGUAGUAAUGUAUCUUCAAUUCAAAAAGGAAGAAAUUCCACUUUAGAGUCUAUGUCCUUUUCUAGUCCUGUUUAUGUUAAUGCUAUUCCUGAUGUUAAACUUUGGCAUUGGAUGACUAUAGUAGAGGAACAUGGACAUUUUUUGCUAUCCUCUAAGAGCAAUGCAUUUCUUAUGCUCAAAUUUUUCUUGUCUAUGGUUGAAAGACAGUUCAAUGUGAAAGUAAGAAUGAUAAGAUCUGACAAUGCACUAGAAUUAGGGAAAGGAACACAAGAAGCAACUUUUCUGGCUUUAGAAGGAAUUCUGCACCAGUUGUCUUGUAUAGCAACACCUCAACAGAAUAUUGUUGAGAGGAAACAUAGACAUCUCUUAGAAAUUGAUAGAGGUCUAAUGUUUCAAUCAAGGAUGCCUAUGUGUUAUUGGGGAGAAUCUAUUCUGACUGCCACACACAUUCUUAAUAGGUUACCUUCCAGUGUCCUUCAAGGAAAAACACCAUCUGAGAUUCUAUUUCAGCACAAACCCAAGUAUGACUAUUUGAAAAUUUUUGGAUGCCUAUGCUAUGCUUCUAUAUUGGCACAAGGAAUAGGAAAUUUUGAUGAGAGGGCAACAUCCUGUGUUUUACUUGGUUACCUUCUUCAACAAAAGGGAUACAAACUACUGGAGUUGUCCACAAGGAAAGUAUUUGUGUCUAGAGAUGUAACAUUUCAUGAAUCACACUUCCCAUUUGCGGAAAUCAACAUAGCACACCAUACUAUUUUUCCUUCUUCAACUUUCACCACAGAACCUACCUUUCAGCCACAUCACUAG